AAAAAAAAAAAGUACUUUUCUUCCCCUCUCUAACGAUUCAAUGUUAUUGGACUCUCUAUAGCAUAUAAUCAAAAUGGGUUCCGGGAAAGGUGAAGCAUCUACGUCGUCGUCUUCGGUUUUGUCUGAAGACCCGUCGAUCUCAAGACUCCGUGAGAAGCAUCAGUUGGAACUAGAAAAUUUGACAUUAACAACCCAACCUUUCAACACAUUAAAGCUUUUCCUUUUGGCUACUAUUCAGUAUCUGAGGCGCUCCAUAAUAUAUAUUCUGACAAAAGGUGGUUGGGUUAUGCUCUUGGGUACUCUGGUAGCAGCUGUUGGAAUUCUGCUUAUUACCUUCGAUGGAUCUUAUGAAAAGCAUGUUCUGGAGUUUCUUCGUUAUUUUGAAUUUGGAGUGUGGUGGGUGGCUCUUGGUGUAGCAUCGUCCAUUGGUCUAGGAUCUGGUUUGCACACGUUUGUGCUGUAUCUGGGUCCACAUAUUGCAUUGUUCACAAUGAAAGCCAUGCAGUGUGGCCGAGUUGAUUUGAAGACUGCUCCAUAUGACACAAUUCAGCUGAACAGAGGCCCAUCAUGGCGUCACAAGGAUUGCUUCGAAUACGGUCCCCCAGUUUUUGCAUCAUUACAUGGUUCAAGUGUUCCUCUUAGCAGCAUAUUGCCACAGGUUCAGUUGGAGGCUAUUCUGUGGGGAAUUGGAACUGCACUUGGAGAACUUCCCCCUUAUUUUAUCUCAAGAGCAGCACGAGCUUCAGGAAGCAAGCUGGAUGCGAUGGAAGACCUGGGUUCUUCCUCUGCAGAUAAUGCUGGUGUCAUUGCCAAUCGCCUAAAUAAAAUCAAACGCUGGCUUUUUUCACAUUCACAACACCUGCACUUUUUGACAAUUUUAGUGCUUGCCUCGGUGCCAAACCCACUAUUUGACCUUGCUGGCAUCAUGUGUGGGCAAUUCGGGGUUCCGUUUUGGGAGUUCUUCUUUGCAACAGUGAUUGGAAAGGCAAUUAUUAAGACCCACAUACAGACAGUUUUUAUCAUUUUGGUUUGCAACAAUCAACUUCUUGAGUGGAUCGAGAAUGAGUUGAUUUGGGUCUUUGGCCUUAUCCCUGGUCACUCCUCUAUGCUUCCCAACUUUGUAGCCAAACUACACAAGAUCAAAGAAAAUUACGCGGCUGCUCCAGCUCCAGUGCCCUCAAAUAUCAAGGGGAAGAAAUGGGAUCUAUCAUUAGCUUCAGCAUGGAAUACUGUUGUGUGGCUUAUGCUCAUGAACUUCUUCAUCAAAAUUGUGACGGCAACUGCUCAGAGUUUUCUCAAGAAGCAGCAGGAAAAGGAGUUGAAUGAACUGACUGCGGCAACAAGUCAUUCUAAUGGAAAGUCCAACUGAGCAUCCUACUGAGCUCGUGAAACCCUUUUUAAUCCCACCCCUUUUCUUGUUUGGUAUGAUGUGGAGAUAAUUGAAGUUGAGUUGCAGCAGCAGCCAAUUUGUCACCAGUUGGGCCACCCCUAAGCUCCGUCUGCAUUCAUUAAGCCCUGCCAAAAGUUCUGUAUAUAAGAUUGAACAUGAAAAACGGGGACGAGAAUUCACAGGUUUAUUUAUUCUGUGAUGGGAGGCCAUGUUGUUGGUGGGUGUAAUAGCAUAAUUUUUAACUACCAUUGGAACUGGGAUACUAGGAUAUUGAUAUUGUAUUCUUUGGGAAAUGCAACACGAAGUAUUUGCAUGAUCAUUGGAAA